GGAAAGUAAUGGGAAUGGAUAGUUGAAAAAAAUCUAGAAAAAGAAAUGAAUGAACGAUCCUUGACAAUUUGCCUGUAUUCACUAAACAAUAUUACCAUUAAUGCAUAGAAGCAUACAUAUGCUCCUAUGCAAACAAGUCAUUUAGAGCGAAGGUGAGAAGAAAACAAAUGGAAAACGAGAUUGCAAAUUCAUUUAAACACUUUAAGCUCGAUAUCCUUUUUCGUUUUAUAGUAAAAGCAAGGCUUUCUUGAUUGCUAGCAAGGUUUAGUAGCGCUCGUUUCCAGGUUCAGUUGUUGAAAAUUCUACGAAGCAGCUUUGUAGUUAUUUUUUUCCAAUCUAAUAAACUGUGUGAAAAGGAAUACUUCGUUUGCAAUUGCUCAUGAAAUUGGUAAUUUUGUGUUUACUCCUUAGUAUUGCAAUCCCAGUAUUCAUUCAGCGUUUCCAAUCUGGCAUAGUUUCUUUAAAAAACGUUUUGAGAGUGAAGCGUUUUCCACAGAAAACACUACUGAAUGCCUCUCUUUUAAUGUUUGCAGAAGAUGGAGAUUUGCUAGACGUUUUGCAAACUAUCCGAACUGUGGAAGAUCGAUGGAAUAAGAGAUUCCAUUAUCCCUGGACAAUUUUUAGUUCGAAGGAAGUUUCUCCUUUUUUUAUAGAAUCUACGAGCUCUGUAGCAUCCGGAAAUUGUGAAUAUGUUCAAUGGGACUCUACCGAAUAUUUGGAGACAGGCUUAAAAGAUGAUAUAUACUACUUGGAGCAAUCAGGAAAGCUUUCGGAUGAAGGAGUCAACUACAGUAGAUCGGGAUCUUUUCAUCGAUACCAGGAAUGGAUUUUACAUACCUUGUUAUACCAUCCACAGCUUCGAUUUGACUAUGUAUGGCGGCUUGAGCCAGGAGUUCGUUUUAAUUGUGAAGAAAAUUCAGAUUUGUUUCAUGAGAUGGAACAAAAUAAUGCAACCUUAGGAUUCACCAACCAUGUGUGCGAAACGAGACAUACAGGAAUCCUCGAGCUUGAACAAGCUUUGGACAAGUACGAGCAAGAAUGGAUACCGGAUCGACCCCGUCAAGCAUGGGAGUACUUUAACGAAGAUGUAUACUGUAAAUACUGGCCUUACAAUGAGAUAAUUGCUUUACGAAAAUUUCGAGAGAAUUCUUCGCUUGUUCAGCUGACUCAACACUUGCUCAACGAAGGAGGCAUUUAUUAUCAUCGAUGGACAGAAUCAGAUAUACUUUCUCUAGUGCUGAAAGUUUACGAUUCUCCAACUCUCCAUCUGAGUACUAUUGGAUACCUUUUUCGCCCGGAUGCAAACCAUUGCCCAGAUAUUGAGUCUGGAAGAUGUGCAUGCUAUAUAGAAGUGUAGCUCACUCGAGAAGACUAUGACUUGUUAAGGAUGACUUCUACUCCAUUUGUCUUGGAUGAACACGCAAACCAGUCAAGUGAACUAUGCAACCAACCUAUCCUGUAUCUGUUCCAAAAAAAAAAAAUACUAUAUAGACGUCCAUUAAUUUUCAUCGUUUUGGCGAGGCUUCAUAAGUCCAUCUGUUACUUU